AUAGAGCGAGAGAGAGAGAGAGCGGGAAGGGGAGAGGCAGAGAGAGGGAGAAACCAAGCCGUCUGCUGGUCUUAUUCCCCGGCGUGGAUGCACGGAGACAGAGUGGGGAAGAGCAGCCAUUCAGGGUCACUUUUCUUUUUUACCGAGCAUUGUAUAGUGAGUUGCUGAUCUAAAGCUCUGGUCCUAAUCUCUGACCAGAGUGGACAACCACACUCUAAAGUCUAGAGCAACAUGACCCAGGAGGGGCAGGCUUUGCCGUCUCCCACCCCACCAGAGAACCCAGCAGAGCCCAUUAACACCACCAGCGACCUGCCAGAGCAAGACAAGCCUGGUUGUGAAGACAUAAACGAAGGAAAACAAGAAGAAGACAUCUGCAAGGAAGAAGAGGAAACACAGGGGGGUGCACACUGUAAUGUUGAAGGGAGGGAAGAAACAAAAGCAGAGGGAGGAGAGGGUGUUCACCAUCACCAGGCGGACAAGGAGAAGGAGGAGGAGAGGGAUGCGGCAAACGGGAAUGGAUGCGGAAAUGAUGAGGUGAGCUCAACAGGGGAGAAGGAAACACAUGCUGCAGAUGAGAUGACAGAAGAAGAGGAGGGGAGAGAGGAUGAAGAGAUGCAACCACAAACAGAGGAAGAAGCAACUCGGCCCAGACAAGCUGGACGAUUAACCAAUGGCAUAAAUGGGGAUCAAGAAGAUGACGACGGUGGUGAAGAGAACCAUGAAGAAGGCGAGGGCGGGACACACUUAGACACUUUUAGCUCUGACUUUGAAACCACUGUGGAACAGGCUGACACUGAAGUGGAGGAGGAGGAGGAGGACGAUGUGCUAAAAGAAGGUGAUGGGAGAGGAAACCAGGACAGCUUCAGCUCAACGUUUGAGCACAUUGUUGAGCAGGUGCAAGAGGAGGAAGAAGAGGAGGAGGAGUUGAAAGAAGGUAGAAGCAAAGUUCAGGUGGACAACAAAGAUGGCUUCAGCUCCACCUUUGAGCGGAUCAUAGAGUCUGCCCUGCUAAGGGGUGGGACCUGUUACAGCAGCCUGGACUCUCUGGAUGUGCUGUCACUUACAGAUGAGACUGACAGCUGUGUGAGCUUUGAAGCACCACUGACACCACUCAUCCAACAGAGGGCUCUCUUACAGGGCCCUGAGCCUUUGGAGCUGGAGCUAGAAACUGUUCAGGAGCAGGAAGGGGCUGAGGCUGGACCAGAUGCCCCAGCUAGUGAUCUCAGGGCGAGCUGUGUGGAUGGAGUAGGAGGAAGCCCUCUGAGGACCACCAUACCAGGGAGCCGCUCAGAGUUUGUUCUGAGUCAGCCAGGACGCUGGGCCAUCCCCAAUGGAUACCAUACUGCCUCCCAGGGAGCCAUGCACAAUUCUGACAGCGGACUUCCGCUUCACUCCACUAACAUUGGCAGCCGAAAGUGGAAUAAGAAUAUAACCAGAGAGUCGGAUGAUGUGUGGCGGGCGCAGCAGCGACUCGUCCAAGCUGACACCAUGUGGAAAGAAGAAUAUGAUGCUCACUUCGACUUUUUGCUGCAGCUACUCGAUGCCAACCUCACAGACGUGCUGUCUGACUCAGACGAGUGCGAUUUGGGCAGUCUGGAGCAUUUGGAGCGCGGUAGUACGGACACUUUGGCCAAUGGCUGCCGAGCUGACUACGAAGCUGCCAAAAGGCUCGCCAAGCGCCUCUAUCACCUUGAGGGCUUCAAGCGCUGUGAUGUGGCCAGACACCUGGGCAAGAAUAAUGACUUCAGUCAGUUGGUGGCGUCAGAGUACCUGAGCUUCUUUGACUUCUCCGACUUAUCGCUGGAUCGGGCGCUAAGGAACUUUUUAAAAGCCUUUCCGCUGAUGGGGGAGACGCAGGAAAGAGAGCGAGUCCUGGUGCAUUUCUCCAAACGCUUCUGCCACUGCAAUCAACAAACAAUCACAUGUGAAGAUGGAGCCCACACACUAACCUGUGCCCUCAUGCUGCUCAACACAGACCUACAUGGACACAACAUUGGGAAGAAAAUGUCCUGCCAACAGUUUAUUGGUAAUCUAGAUGGCCUCAACAAUGGCAAAGACUUUCCCAAAGACUUACUAAAGGUCUUAUACAACUCCAUCAAGAACGAGAAGCUUGAGUGGGCUGUUGAAGAAGAAGAGCUAAGGAAAAGUCUGUCAGAGCUGGUGGAGGAGCAGUGUGAGGGCGGGAGUAAACGUGUUGCCAGGGUAACGGACAGCAAUAACCCUUUCAUCGCCAUCCCCAUCCUCCUCAAUGCCAUAACCUACAAACACGGAGUGCUAACUCGCAAAAGCCACGCUGAUAUGGAUGGCAAAAGGACCCCAAGGGGUCGCCGUGGUUGGAAGAAGUUCUACGCCGUUCUCAAGGGGAUGAUCUUAUAUCUCCAGAAGGAUGAAUAUAAGCCGGAUGCUGACAUUUCAGAGGUGGAUCUGAAGAACGCUGUGCGGAUCAACCACGCUUUAGCCACCCGUGCCACCGACUACAGCAAGCGAGCCAACGUACUCAAGCUCAAAACCUCUGACUGGAGAGUUUUUCUGCUUCAAGCGCCGGACGAGGAGGAGAUGAUGUCGUGGAUCUUCCGGAUAAAUCUGGUGGCAGCACUCUUCUCUGCUCCAGCCUUCCCUGCUGCUAUUGGCUCCAUGAAGAAAUUUUGUCGUCCCAUUUUGCCAUCUUCAUCUACAAGACUAAAUCAGCAGGAGCAGCUGCUGAGUCACGAGAACAAGCUAAAGCAGAUGAGCCUGGAACUGGAAGAGCACCGGAAAAACCUGCCCUCAGCUGACCCCAAAAACCGCGAGUGGGAGGAGUAUCGGCUCAAAGAGCACUACCUCACAUACGAGAAGACUCGCUAUGAGACGUACAUCAGCCUCCUUCAGGCCAAAAUCCGCACUGAGACAGAUGAUCUAGAGAAGAUUGAGGCCAGCGUGGUAGGUGGCCUGUUGAUGGAGGGCACUUUGGCUGGCCACCUCCGCAAGACGCAGUCCUCGCCGUCCAUCAGUCAUGAUGCUCACAGCGGCUUGAAUGGGAGGGGCGCUGGAUGCACUGCCCCAGGACAGAUGAGCUGAGGGGAAGGGGAGGAGGGGGUCUCAUGGACCACACCCUUCCGAGCAACAUCCCUUGAAGCCAAAACCAGUGUCGUGGUUUUCGGUCGGUCCUUUAAUGGUUCGAAUCAGAAUCCUUCCUAGAAUUUAUCUCCCUGGUGAUAAGUUUCCGAAAGCAAUAGAUGAUGAAGACCUGCCAUGACUGCCCCCACCCUCACUACUAUUGCACAUUUUAAAAUGAUCGGAACUGUGAUCACUAUUUAUAACGUCAUCAGUAUUACUUUCUCGGACGCUGUUGUCUUUAGCUGUGUUUACUUUGGGCGAGAGAAAAGUAUAUAUAUAUGUGUUAGUCAGACAAAUGUGUGCGAUGGAGGAAAUGGUACUACUGUAGCAUUUUGUUUACACACUCACUUUUGGACCUAUCAUUGUGGUGCAGUGUGAUUAGCCGCCAUCUUUGUUACAGAAACUCACAAAGAACCUCUCAGAAGGGACCCUGCCAUGUAGAGCAUAUUUAUUUAUUUAUUUAAUUCCUUACAAAUAGACUGUAUUGGCUCUCGCUGUUUUUACAACCAUCUCUUUGCACACACAUACACACACACAGAGGAACAGUUCGCUGGAGGAACUCGGGGUUGAGUGCCUUACUUACGGCACCUUGAGACCAGCUAGUGAGCAAAAAAAGAACUUGAAUGGAAACGGUUCUGGAUCAGAGCUCAUCUCUGUCAUUUUGUAAGCUACCGUUACCCCAAACACUGACACGUGUUGAAAUAGUCUGUUUGUUUCCACCGUCUCAAAGACAAAAUCAUCAAGCACUGUGCCGUGUUCGGCUGGAACUACCGCCAUGCUCUUUUUGAAGGGUUGGAUUUCAUUACGAAGGAAGCAUAUCAAUACAAUUUUUUUUUAAAUGAUAUAGUCUUUUUUACCCCCACAAUUGAUUUAAAAUAAAACAAUCAAAGAUGUGAUUUGAAGGCCUACUGAAACCCACUACUACCGACCACACAGUCUGAUAGUUUAUAUAGCAAUGAUGAAAUAUUAACAUUGCAACACAUGCCAAUACGGCCAGUUGACUUUACUAAAUUGCAAUUUUAAAUUUCCCGCGAGGUAUCCUGUUGAAAAUGUCGCGGAAUGACAACGCGUGCGCGUGACGUCACGGACUGUCAGGAAAUAUUAGCGCAGCACCACUUGCGGCUAAAAGUUGUCUCUUUUCAUCGCGCAAUUAAACAGUAUUCUGGACAUCUGUGUUGCUGAAUCUUUUGAAAUUUGUUCAAUUAAUAAUGGAGAAGUCAAAGUAAAAAGAUGGAGUUGGAAAGCUUUAGCCUUUAGCCACACAAACACACGGUGAUUCCUUGUUUAAAAUUCCCGGAGGUGAAGCUUUACUAUCAUAGAUCCAUGUUCGCUUGACCACUCUGAUCCAUAGGUGGUUGACCACUUGUCAACCAGCAAGUUUCGGUGAGAAAAUUGAGUGAAAAAGUCGCCUCUUACCGGAAAUCUGUGGAGUUUGCGCAGUCCUUAUAUCUGCCGUGACUUCCCUCAAACACUGGCCUCAAGACACCCGUGGACACACCCCCUAUGACUAUCAGGUACUAUUUAAUCUCACUAAAACACUAGCAACACAAUAGAAAGAUAAGGGAUUUCCCAGAAUUAUCCUACUAAAUGUGUCUAAAAACAUCUGAAUCCGUCCCAAUGCAAUCGCCUUUUUUUAAAAACUUUAUUAUUAUUUUUUUUUUUUUUCUAGUCUUUCGCUAUCAGUAUCAUCAUCCACGAAUCUUUCAUCCUUGCUCAAAUUAAUGGGGCUUUUUUUUAUCAGCACCAAAGGCCUUUAAGUGCAGAUUCAAAGUUGUCAUUGAAGAGGUCUGACAACAAUUUGACUCCUUGACUUUUAGGGCUCAAAAGUAAUUGAACAAUUGACGUAAUUGUCAUAUUUUUGUGUCAUAUUUUUGUGAUAUAUAUCACAAUUUUCCCAUCCAAAAUCAUGCUUGUUGAUGUAGAGAAGCAUGUUCGCUUGACCGCUCUGUGUUAAAGCUUCACAACAAACAAACACCGGCUGUGUCUCGGUGUUAAAGGCAGCUGCAAUACACUGCUUUCCACCAACAGCAUUCUUCUUUAUAGUCUCCAUUAUUAAUUGAACAAAUUGCAAAAGAUUCAGCAACACAGAUGUCCAAAAUACUGUGUAAUUGCGCGAUGAAAAGAGACGACUUUUAGCUGUAAGUGGUGCUGAGCUAGUAUGUCCCCUCCAACCCGAAACGUCACAAACACACGUCAUCAUAGGCGUCAUCAUUCCGCGAUGUUUUCAACAAGAAACUCCGCGGGAAAUUUAAAAUUGUAAUUUAGUAAACUAAACCGGCCGUAUUGGCAUGUGUUGCAAUGUUAAUAUUUCAUCAUUGAUGUAUAAACUAUCAGACUGCGUGGUCGGUAGUAGUGGGUUUCAGUAGGCCUUUAAAAGACUCUUAAAUUGAGGUACUUGAAUGUUAACAAUAGUUUGCAACAUUCAAAUAAAUUAUCCAUUUAAAGUUAAUGUACUAAUGAUUGUCACACACACACUAGGUGUGGUGAAUCUUGUCCUUUGCAUUUGAUCACUCCCUGGGAGCUUAGGGGAGCAGUGAGCAGCAGCGGAAAUCAGCCAGAAUAUUAUUUUAUUGGUAUGAUACCAGGAGGUGUUUUUUUUUUUAGUUACUAAAGAAAGUAAUAUCCACUACCAAAUACCUUUUUGUGAAACGUCUUAAAUUAAACCCGAAAGUCGACAUUUUGUUCACCUCAGGGUUGUAUCCCAGGUGGUGUUAAUGGUACACACAUUCCAUUCCUGGCCAGAGUCAAACCAGGAAGAGCAUCAGGUGUAAAAACUAAGAUGAAAACAGUUAUGCGAUUGACUUAUGUGUUAUAUAAAUACAUUUAAAAAACUGUUAAGGAUUUACAUAGUAUUUCCCAGCUGACUUUGUUCACCAGACUAUCACAGGGCCAUUAUGGUGCAUUAAGCCUACAUCCCUAAAACUGCAUGAGUGCGUCGGCAUGCUAUCUUCUUGUGACAUGUUGAUCCUGUAGGUUGCAAAGAAGACGUCGAUGUAGCAGAACAUGCUGUUUAUAAGGUAGAAACAAUCCAGAGGUCAUUUAAACUUUAGCACAAAUGCAGCACCCAUCCGCUCCACAAGAGUAUUCUGCCACAUCUCUGAUGGCGUCUUUGGGCAAGCGUACAGCAACAGGACUCGCUGCACCCAACACAAAUUAAACUGGGAUGCUGCAGAAAAACAACAUUCUCCAUGUGGGUCAGCGCAAGCGUUACGAAAGACGUUCUCAGAAGACAAUGGUUUGCUUUUCUCAGUAAGGCCUGGAAGGCAAACAUUUAGCGGAUAUUUAACAAAGUAUGGCUUUAAGGCUUGUUCUCUGGGAGCUCGCAUUACGUCAGGACAUUGGAGUUCGGGUAGCGUUGUUUAUCAGCACCUUAUUGAUUCCGACCUAAAUCCACACCUUUUUGCCGGUUCUUCGUCCUUUGCGACACAACUGUAGAGCUUUGAGGGGAAAAUACUGUUUAAAAUCAUUUGGAAAUCCUAAAAUGACAAGAGUUGUAUCAUAUCAUGAUUAAUAACUGCUUUUUUUUUUUUUUACAGACUUCCCCUUGUAGUCACUUUGGCUGUUGUUGUUCUGACCAAUGUUCCCAAUAUUCUAGGGUAGGCCUGUGCUAUAAAAUAGGACUGUGACAAAAAAUAUUUGUUAUGUUUUAUUGGGGGAAAAAAGACAAUUUCUGCACUUUGAUGUCAGCAUUACACCUGUUAUUUUGUUUGUAUAUUUGAACCGUCUUUUUUUUUUUUUUUUUUUGGUUCAUACAGUGUAAAGGACAUAUUUACUGAAUAUUUAGUCUGUGCUUCAUGAAAUAAGCUUUUAUAUAGAGAAUUGUAGUUGUGAUUUAUUAACAUGUUGGAAACAGCACCUAAACCAUGUGCAGUGCCAAUGACAUCACUGAUGCACAUAUUUCUUUGUACUCUAUAUUAAAGGCUUUUUAGAAGAUUACAA